AAAACAAUCCUCUAUCAAAAAUUCACCCAAAUCUGUGCUAAAUAAAUACACCAUAUAUUAAAAAAACAAAUACACCAUAUAUAUUUUCCUUCGACAGAAUACUCCCAGAAGUUGAAGGCUUUAAUUUUCAAAGUUACAAAAAGUCCAGCCAGUUGGAAGUUGGAGGCCUCAUCUCAUCUCAAUGUUUACCCAGAAGAAUCAUAACCAUGUUUUGGGGCAAGAACUCCAAGAAGAUCAUAAACAUGAUAUUCCAGCAUACAAAGAAGUUGUGGCAAAGAGCAAAGAUUUUCUCAUGAAAAAUUUUCCAGAUAUUUAUGAUGAGUCCUUACAUGUCCUUGAAAGGCUUGAGGAGAUGAAAAGGCAAAGAAAGGAAAGGAAAAGUCGGGUUGUGCAACGAAGUUUGAGUCUCGGCUCACCCCGAAAGUUUAAGCUUCAAAGAUUUAGAGUAAAGACUCCAAAUGUAAUUCUCGUGACUCGACCGGAGGGUCAAGGUGGUCAAUUUAGCAACCAAACUAAUGGUUCCAAAGACCUUAGUUGAUCUUAAUCAUUAUUUUAGAAAUUAAUAAGUUGCAUAAACUGUCACUACAAAAAAAGGCGGGAUUGACACGGAAUUUGGCACGGACUUAUCAAUUUUUCGUGCCAAAUAGCUCGUGCCAAAGUGUUUUUGGCACGGAUUUGGCGUAUCCCUGCCAAAAUCCGGGCCAAAUCUCUGCCAAAAUCCCUGUCAAUCCCGUGUUUUUUUGUAAUGUGUACAAUUAUAUUUUAAGUUGUAUAUGUGAACAUUACAUUAUUACCUUCUCUAGUGAGUAGUGAUUUAAUUUUAUUCCAUAUUGUUUCUCGUUUAGCUUUUUUCGGUUUAUCAGAAAUUCGUAAUUGUUAGUCGCUUACCUAGCUCUUUUUUUUUUUGCAUCAAUGUCACUGGGACAACCGGAGAUAUAAUUGAAAUAUGAUGUUUACUUAUUUACAAAUUAUGAAAUUAUGUGUAAACCAUAGUUCUAUUUUUGUAAAACAUGUCUCACG